UCAUGGGGCCCCCAGGCAAUAGGAGAUCAUGGGGCCCCUGUGUCCUUGCCUAAACUCAAAAAAGCCUAUGAAAAAGGUACCAGGGGCAUCUCAUGGGGCCCCCUACUGACCCCGGGCCCUCGGGCAGUGCCUGAGUUUCCAAAUGAUCAGUCCGCCCCUAAAGAGUUCAGGUUCCAGGCAGGUAACUGGAGCAAUGAUGAACAAUAGCAGAGGUAACAGGCCAACUAUCAUUGUAAACACAGAUAAGCUGGGAACUACUACAGUCAAAACAAUACACAAGAAUGAUCCACAGCAUGAACAGUCAGAAAGAAAGA